AUGAUUGAUUAAAUCAAUCAGCUUAAGGAAUAAAUAAUUACACUUUAGUAAAAUGAAAAAGAUUACCAGGAUUUGAAUUUCCUAUUCACCAAUUUGGAACAUAGAUAUAAUCUGUUAGCAGAAGAAAAGUAGAGAAUGGAAAUUGAUUAUAAUCGCAGACAUGAAUUUAAUAUGCAAUCAGUAGCCAGACACAGAGCAGAGAUUGACUAAUUGCGAAAUGAGUUAAUGUCUUGCCAAAACAAUCAGGAACAGAUGGAAUAUUUGGUAUAUGAAAAUCAAGCGCUGACAGAUGAAGUUAACAAUUUAAGGGAUGCUUACACAAAAAUAGUGUAAUAAAUCUAAGAAUAAGAUGAAAAAUAUUAAACAACUUUGGCUGCUAAACAAUAGUACAUAGAAAGCUUGUAAUUUUAAAUUAAAUAAAUGAAUGACAUAUAGACACACAAAGAAAAAAAGUUUUAAGCAGAAAACGAGAAUAAACAAUAAUUUGUAAGUGAAAUGGAAUCUUAUAAGUCAUAAAAUGAAAAACUUACUGUAGACAAUAAGCAAUUAAUCAAACAGAUUGAGCGAUUAGAACUUUAAAUUUAAAAUUAUAAAGACUAACUUAAUCAAAUGACAUAAGAAAUUGGAAAAAUGUAGCAUUAAAUGGGCAUGCUAACUAAAGAAUUAGGAAAUUAAAAUAAAGUCUCAGCAAAAGAAUACUAAUUGGAUCAUGAAUUAAAAUCUUUAAAGAAUAUGAACAUACAGUUACUUUAAAAAAAUGAACACCUCCAAUAAUAAAUAGAAUAGCUAAUACAUAAUAAUUAAUAGCUUAUCUUAGAAUGUGACACGUUAAGAAUUAAAUUUGCAGAAUAAGAAAACUCAAAACUAAUGGUCUAAAAUUAAUAUGCAAAAUCUUUAAAUAAAUUUUAAGAAGAAAGGAAAGUAAUUAAGGAUUAUUUAUGUAAAUUAAUAUGUUAUCAUUAGAACGAUAAAAAGUCUUGA